CGCGGCCUCGGCCCCGGAAGCCGUCUCCGCGCCGAAGCCGCCGGGAGGCGCUGCUCACCGUCCCGCCCGCCUCCGCGUUCGCUUCCUCCGGACGUUGGUCGGCUCCCGCGGUGGGAGGGGAGCGGAAAGGGCCGCCUGAGGUGUUCGCGCGCCCCAGGCAGUGCCUGGCCCCGGAGGAGGCGAGGAGAGGAGGACGGUGUCCGACACACCCGGUCGUAAGGCCCACGCGGGGUGCGCGUCCCCCCGGAGAACGCGGGGCCUCAGCUCUGCGCCCACAGACGCGGGGGAGGAGGAGGACGGCGGCGGGGCGGGGCCGGGGCCGCCACAGACAGCUUUGGGGCAUGACCACGGGCGGGAGACGGUCAACAAAGAGAAGGUAUUUGCUUUGCUCGAAACAGAGCAAGUGUGCUUCCAAAGAGGGCUCAGAAGGACCGGGAACCACGCUCUCCCCAUCCCUCCGGCAACACGGCGCGCAGGCGUCUUGCUCGGUCAGCACGGGAGGCAGGGCCGACAGCAGCUUCCGAAGCUGGCCACAGUGGGUCCUUUGGACAGUGGGACUGUCUGCUCCUGAGGGCCGGCCAGCCAGAGGGGGACAUUAGUAACGAGUGUGCUCAAGCUCACAGGUGCAAAGAUGGCCACACCUGGCCUGCGGAUGUCACCGCUAAGCACCCUCCAGUAAACUCGCGAGGAGACUUUUCACGCUCACAAAGCCGUCACCUCGGAGUAAGGCAGAGACGGCUGCGUUCGUGUGCUCCCACAUGAAGUCGUCAGCCUCGGCCAAGCGCUGCACAGACGACCUGGGAUGGAGCACGGGGCAGAACCCGGACUGACCGGAUGACAGCUGGCAGGCAACUUGGCUGUGCCCAGCGGAGGGGCCGCCGCAGAGAGACCACCUGGCUCCACCAGGAAGGCAGGGUACGCUGGAGUGCAGACGGCCGAGGAAAUGAGGGAGAGUGGGAGGGCGCGGGAGAUGUCGGCGUUUUGUUCACUUUACUAAGACUGUAUCUCAAAUUUGAAAGUUUAAUGUUUUCAUUUCCCAUGCUCAAGAGAUAUCAUACUGUGUUACUAAAAACAGCAAGUUAAGUAAGCAAAAACUCAUUUGUUCUGGUUACACUAUUUCAUGUAUCGGAAAAUAAUUGUGAAAAGAAAUAUUCAGUCUGUUGGAAGCAUCAGUCACUGUUCUGGAACAAAUUGUGCCUAAUAUGAUUUAACAGGCUUCACAACAUUCCACAAAUGACCAGUGUAAAUGAGACCGAGACUGAAACCAGCAAAAUGACUCUGCAUUUGUUUAAAACGUUGGUGUUGGUCCCCUCAGCGACAUAGCAGCGCCUAAAGUGACCGUGCAUGGGUAAAUGGUCACCAGUGGCAGUGACUGCGCAUUCACACCGGUGCGGAGCUAAUAUCCACGUAUUUUCCUCCAGUUCAGCUUGGGUGAGUGGGGCCCCUCACCCCAGAGGCCCCAGGGUUCCUGAAGAACUUUCCCAGCCCUUCCUCAGAAACACUCCGGUCUGUUCUCUGCUGUGCCUUGGGGUAACUUCCAACAAUCACCUCAACAAAGCAGAAUUGUCAGAAGUUUUAAAAACAAAAACCAGAAAUUAAACUGCGUUAAAGGUGACCUCAGCUUUGACCUCCAGCACUAGGUUUCCUGAGAGCCUAGAAAAUUCUGCCUAGCAAACAGAACAUUGCAGAGGCACCAGGAGAAACAGCUCCUGUCUCAUCGAUCCUGAGGGCUCCCUGUCUUGGCUUCACUGACUGAUGUGUGGGAACACCCCAUGACCCCGGGGGCCACAGCCGCCACACUCGUGAGCUCAGCAGCUCCAUCCUGAGAUAAAACCAGGCCCUGGUCAACAAGGACUGCAGCCUGUGAGACCUGAUGAAACGCCCCAGGAACUGGGCAUCGGGAGACAAAUCCACAGUUUCUGCUGUGUUUCCUCAUCGGAGCACCAGGAAGGGCCUGGAACAAACAACACUGAGGAGAAGUUUCCUCAGAUGCAGAAAAGUGAUGGGAAGGGAAGAUGCAUUUUAGGCCAAAUUGUUUCUACCCUGUGGAAACACAGCUCUAGAACCCAUGCCUUCCUCAUGAGUUGCUGAUGCUGGGACAGUUUGUGCCACUGUGGCAACUCAUGGUCCAGGGAAUAAAGUAGUCAGAUUUAGCAAAUAAAAAUAGGAGCUGUCCAACUGAAUUUUAAACUGCCUAUGAACAGUGAAUACGUUCAACAUCCCUAUGCCUCAAGGAUAUUCUGUAUUCAUCUGAAACGUGGCUGUAACUGCUGCCAGGGCCUGAAUUUUGUCCACAUUGAACUCCUCAUCCUUGUGGUGACUUGGUUUGCAACAGGGCUUUAGGUAGUAAUGAGGGUGAAGUGAGGGUGGAAGGGUGGGGUCCUGAGCUAAGAGGCUCAGAGGACUCAGGAGAGGGGGAAAGAGAGAGUGACCCUUGUCUUGUGCACAGACCUGGGAAGUCCAUGCAAAGGCGGCCACGGAGCCCGGAGACAACCUCACUAGGAGCAGUGAAUCUGCACCGGGGUCAUGGACUUGUGCCUCCAGAACACAAAGAAAAAGCUGCUGAGGUGCAGCCACCGAGUCCAUGGUAUUCUGUCUGCAGCUUGAACUAAGGCAACCUGAUCCCUGGGUCUUACUUGGUGGCCCUCAUGGGAAGCCGGGUAUGAGUGAAGGAGGAGGAAGACAGGGUCUGAGACCUGACACCUGCAGCGUCCAGAGGCCGUCUUCCAGCGCUGGCUUCUCCCUUCCUGCAGCCAGCCGUGCUCUUCAGGGUCUCUGGGAUUAUCUGGAUUUCUCGGAGCAUGUGUUUGUGUGGCCGUGUGUCUGUAUGUGUGUAUCUGUGUGUGUAUACAGUCUCUGUCUGUGGUCUGUUUGUGUAUCUGUGUGUGUGUGUGGCCACGUGUGUCUGUUUCUAUGUGUGUGGCCAUGUGUGGCUGGAAGAAGACCUCUAGGCCAUGAGGUAGCGCCAGCUGCAUGCUGGGUCCGGCUGCCCUGCUCGUGCUGCUGAGCGCAGCGACCUGCUAUCCAAAGGAUGCUGGGCCACCUCCGGCCAGGCUGCUCUCCCAUCCCCCGGCUUCAGGAGUUUUCGCACGGCACUACCUGUGCCAACAGACACAGCCCACUGAUCCCUGACUCCAUCCGUCCUGCUGUGCACUCACAGAGGGGCUUCUCCUCAACUGACUGCACCUGCAUUGUGCGGCAGGCAAACUGGAGCUGGGCACCUGGGGGAAAAGCUCGUUCUGGGGAAGCCAGCCAGGAAGGAGAGGAGCUUUAAUGUAAUAACACUGAGGUGUUCUGUGUACAGGAAGUGGGCCACAGGAGAGGUGCAGUCCUCAGGGAAAUGUGCAGCUUGUCUCCAGGAGACAGCUAACCUUUGUGGGGACAUGUGCACCACAGCCACAGCACGGCUUGUCACCUGUAAUUUGUCAUCUGCAUGUCACCCGUAUGUAUGGUAUGGUGACAGCUAGAAUAGAGGUGUCCACGGCCACCUCCAUCCUCAACCCAACCUCCACACUUGUAAGAUUGAUAGGGCAAGAGAAACUCCAUUUUUCUUGUUUUACAUUCAUAGUAAGAGAGGUCUCUUAAAGUUCACGUAAGCUGUAGUUGACACCCCCACACCUCAGUCAUCCUAUCAACUUGCUUAAAAGCAAAGCAAAGCCAUAAAUUGGGAACAGAACAAAUUGGGAAGUAGGUUAAAGGACAACCCACUGUGGUCAUUGGCAUUUUGGUUGUCUGACCUCCAGGGAGAAAGGUAAACAUUGUGCUAAUUAUGUGAUGCUCUUGUGAGAUUCCUGACAAUGAAGUAAUGGUUACUAUAGAAACCUGAAAUGUACUAAACCAAAAGUGAGUCCCAGAGCAGCAUGGACAUCUUCUCUGACUCCAGGUUAGAGGGGAACUGUCAGCUGCUGUGCUGGUUUGGGGCUUAUUUUUGCAAGGAGAAACAAUACAGGACAGGUAUUUUAUAAUAUUAUUUAUAAUAGUCACCCAAAGAACGGUAUACAAAAGAGUGCAGGAAAUCUGUCCACAAACUAUACACCAAGGAAUCCAGCUGAUGGCCCGAAUCCCACAGAAAUGUGCUACAUGAGUCCAGCUGAAUACCUGGAGCCCAUAACAAUGACUCCCACGAAUCCAACUGGAGGCCCAGAGCCCAU